AUGGCACAGCUGGAGCUUGUGUACAGAACGUCUGCCAUGAUGUCAAACGGACCCUGGAACCCCUCGCGCAGUGUCAUUUACAACGACCCCUAUCAGGGUGGUGGCUACGACAAUGGCUACCACCGGUCAAGAGAUCGAAGUGUGACAUACCCGUCCGGAUCCAGUUCCACGUACGGCCUCCCGAUCAACGCGCCGGUAGUGGGUACAAGCGGCCCAGCCGGACGGUCCGAGCCUGCAUAUGCGCCCUCGCCGGUAUACACGUCAAGGCCCGCGUCUGGGGCGUACGGUAGUUCGGCCGCUGGCUACGGGGUUUCGUACCAAACAUCCAACUCGCAGCAGGGAUGGGGAGAGCCCCAAGGUGGCUAUUCGCCAACCGACUCGGUGGGUGAUAUCAUCGCCUCUCCGAACCCAUCAGACUAUGCCCUGGAAAACGGUACGGGCGCACCAUCUGGCAAGUCCAAGAGCAGCAGCAGCAAAGGCCGACCACAACGGCGGCCCUCGAAUCGUGACGAGUUUGACGGGCCGCAUCAGUUCCUGCAACGUCCGCCGCCGGACUACGUGGCCAUGCAGGAGCGGGAGCUCCCACACCUUCCCACGAACCUCUUGGUGCAAGAGCAGGAUAGUGUCCUCACGCAAGUCAACGACAGGUUGUCGCAGUGCGCUUUUGACUUUGUCGCCAAGUAUCAGUUUCCCAUACCGUUGACGCAGGACAUGCGACCGGUCGAAAGACCGCAAGACCGGGAAUGGACCGAGUGGGUGUACCUGCUGAAGCGGCUGGCGACCAAGAGAAGAAUACCCGCCCGGGUUCUGUAUAACGGGCAAAUCAAGCAGUUUGUCACCAUAUUGGAAAACUCGCUCGAGAUGCGCCAUGCUGCAAAACAUCAGUCGCGCCCCUUGAAGGAUGACAGGAAUAUUCUUCAACUAAUCAGCGCCGGGAUCCAAGUCGCCAAGAUUCUAAAAGAUGCGGCCGCCAUGGAUUACCUGGACAGACUAUACGUUUCGACGGAACAACAGAUCAACGAGCGAAGCACCGCGGCGUCGGCGCGAUUCCGUUGA